AGACUAAGCCAUGACUUCAGGAUCUGGGCAUGUGGACUCCAAGGCUGAGCUCACUGCUUUGCUUGAGCAGUGGGAGAAAGAACAUGGCAGCGGGCAAGACAUGGUCCCUAUUCUCACCAGAAUGUCUGAGCUGAUUGAGAAGGAAACUGAAGAGUACCGCAAAGGGGAUCCAGACCCGUUUGAUGACCGACACCCAGGUCGAGCGGACCCAGAGUGCAUGCUUGGUCACUUACUGAGGAUACUUUUCAAGAAUGAUGAUUUCAUGAAUGCGCUAGUGAAUGCUUAUGUGAUGACAAGCAGAGAACCUCCGUUAAACACUGCUGCCUGCCGACUUCUUCUGGAUAUCAUGCCGGGACUGGAAACAGCUGUUGUCUUUCAGGAGAAGGAAGGCAUAGUUGAAAAUCUCUUUAAGUGGGCACGAGAGGCUGAUCAGCCGCUAAGGACAUAUGCAACAGGGCUAUUGGGAGGAGCUAUGGAAAACCAAGAUAUUGCUGCAAAUUACAGGGAUGAGAAUUCACAAUUGGUGGCUUUGGUGCUUCGACGGCUACGAGAGUUACAGGUUACUGAAAUGACUACAAAACAAGAAAACAAGCGUCCCAGUCCUCGGAAAGUGCCAUCAGAUCCUUUGCUGCCUCUGGAUGAAGAGGCUGUGGAUAUGGAUUAUGGGGAGAUGGCAGUAGAUGGAGAGCAAGAGGAAGUUUCUGGUGAUAUGGAGAUCUCCUUUCAUCUUGAUUCAAGUCACAAGACCAGUAGCAGAGUAAACUCUGCUACAAAGCUAGAUGAUGGGGGACUGAGAAAAAGCAAAUCGGGGAAACAGCAUGAAAGAGACGGCUUCCGGAAGGCCAAACAAAAGCUGGGCUUCUCCGCUUCAGAACCAGAGCGGAUGUUUGUUGAGCUGUCCAACAGCAGCUGGUCAGAAAUGUCCCCGUGGGUGAUUGGCACUAAUUAUACACUUUACCCUUUGACUCCCGCCAUAGAGCAGAGGCUAAUUCUUCAGUACCUGACUCCCUUAGGGGAGUACCAAGAGCUACUGCCCAUCUUUAUGCAACUGGGGUCAAGGGAGCUGAUGAUGUACUACAUCGAUUUGAAGCGAACCAAUGAUGUGCUGCUCACUUUUGAAGCCCUUAAGCAUUUGGCAUCGUUGCUGCUGCACAACAAGUUUGCAACAGAGUUUGUUGCUCAUGGAGGAGUGCAAAAGUUGCUGGAGAUUCCUCGUCCUUCCAUGGCAGCAACAGGGGUCUCCAUGUGCUUAUAUUAUUUGUCUUACAAUCAAGAUGCUAUGGAGAGGGUGUGCAUGCACCCCCAUAAUGUGCUUUCAGAUGUAGUAAACUAUACCUUAUGGCUAAUGGAAUGCUCCCACGCAUCAGGCUGCUGCCAUGCUACCAUGUUCUUCUCCAUUUGCUUCUCCUUCCGUGCUGUCCUGGAGCUCUUUGACAGACAUGAUGGCCUUCGACGUCUGGUUAACCUGAUAAGCACUCUUGAGAUCUUAAACCUGGAAGACCAAGGAGCCCUCUUGAGUGAUGAUGAGAUCUUUGCCAGUCGCCAGACUGGGAAACACACCUGCAUGGCCUUGCGUAGAUACUUUGAGGCUCACCUUGCUAUCAAACUUGAACAGGUGAAGCAGUCACUCCAGCGCACUGAAGGUGGCAUUCUGGUCCAUCCGCAGCCCCCUUACAAGGCCUGUUCCUAUACACAUGAGCAGAUUGUAGAGAUGAUGGAGUUCUUGAUUGAGUAUGGUCCAGCACAGCUCUACUGGGAGCCAGCAGAGGUCUUUCUCAAAUUGUCCUGUGUCCAACUCAUGCUUCAGCUCAUUUCAAUAGCAUGCAACUGGAAGACGUACUAUGCAAGGAAUGACACAGUACGAUAUGCUUUGGAUGUAUUGGCCAUCCUGACUGUGGUUCCUAAAAUCCAGUUGCAGCUGGCUGAACCUGUGGAUGUGUUAGAUGAAGCUGGAAGUACUGUUUCCACUGUGGGUAUUAGUAUCAUACUUGGAGUUGCUGAGGGUGAAUUUUUCAUCCAUGAUGCUGAGAUUCAGAAAUCAGCCCUUCAGAUCAUCAUCAAUUGUGUAUGUGGCCCAGAUAAUCGGAUCUCCAGUAUUGGCAAAUUCAUCUCUGGAACUCCUCGGCGAAAGCUUCCUCAGGCCCCCAGGAGCAGUGAGCACACGUUAGCUAAGAUGUGGAAUGUGGUACAGUCCAACAAUGGCAUCAAAGUGCUGCUGUCACUGCUGUCUAUAAAGAUGCCGAUCACAGACGCAGAUCAGAUCCGAGCAUUAGCCUGCAAAGCCUUGGUGGGGCUCUCACGCAGCAGUACUGUCCGGCAGAUUAUCAGCAAGCUCCCCCUCUUCAGCAGCUGUCAAAUUCAGCAGCUGAUGAAAGAGCCGGUGCUUCAGGACAAGCGCAGCGAGCAUGUGAAGUUUUGCAAAUACGCUGCUGAGCUGAUAGAGCGUGUCUCGGGGAAGCCAUUGCUGAUUGGCACAGAUGUCUCUCUGGCUCGGUUGCAGAAAGCGGAUGUGGUGGCCCAGUCAAGGAUCACGUUUCCUGAGAAGGAGCUGCUGCUUCUGAUUCGGAACCAUCUCAUCUCUAAGGGCCUAGGAGAAACUGCAUCUGUCCUUACUAAAGAGGCUGACCUACCCAUGACUGCAGCAUCUCACUCAUCUGCCUUCACCCCUGUUGCGGCUGCUGCCUCUCCUGUGACCCUGCCUCGCACUCCUCGCAUAGCUAAUGGCAUCUCAGCCCGUUUGGGUAGCCACCCUUCUGUAGGUUCCACUGCCACUUCUGUCCAUGCUCAGGCAAGGCCAUCUGCAUCCCAGGGUCCACUUGCCCUUCCAGGCCCUUCUUAUGCCAGCAACUCUCCUCUGAUUGGCAGGAUCAGCUUUGUCAGGGAGAGGCCAUCUCCCUGCAACGGCAGAAAAAUCAGAGUGUUGCGACAAAAAUCGGACCAUGGCGCCUACAGCCAGAGCCCAGCUAUCAAAAAGCAGCUGGACAGACACCUUCCUUCCCCACCCACGCUGGACAGUAUAAUCACAGAGUACCUUAGGGAGCAGCAUGCCCGCUGCAAGAACCCUGUUGCCACCUGUCCCCCUUUCUCUCUCUUUACUCCUCACCAGUGUCCUGAGCCAAAACAGAGGCGCCAAGCGCCAACUAACUUUACCUCACGGCUGACCCGCAGGGCAGCCUUUCCGAAGUACGGGGGCGUGGAUGGUGGCUGCUUUGAUAGACACCUUAUAUUUAGCAGGUUCCGUCCGAUUUCUGUGUUCAGGGAAGCAAAUGAGGAUGAGAGUGGCUUUACCUGUUGUGCGUUCUCUGCAAGAGAACGGUUCUUAAUGCUGGGUACUUGCACGGGGCAGUUGAAACUCUAUAAUGUAUUCAGUGGACAGGAAGAGGCCAGUUACAACUGCCAUAACUCUGCCAUCACGCACCUUGAGCCAUCCAGGGAUGGAUCUUUAUUGCUGACAUCUGCUACGUGGAGCCAACCUCUGUCUGCAUUGUGGGGAAUGAAGUCUGUCUUUGAUAUGAAACAUUCCUUCCCUGAUGACCACUAUGUGGAGUUCAGCAAGCACUCUCAGGAUAGGGUCAUUGGCACAAAAGGAGACAUUGCCCAU